CUGCACUUGGUGCACUUCUUCGUGAUGUUGUGGAAACACAACAUCAGGUGACUCCCGCUCCACUUAUGUAAUUCAACACAUUACGACUGCGAAUCAUAAACGAGAAAAAUUUUUUCGCAAUUGACAUUGAACCCAGUUAUUUCGAGUAAUGCUAUACAGGGACAUGCUGAUACAGUGACAUAAGUUGAGCGGGACUAGCGAAGAUCGCGGGGAAGUAAUACUUGAACGAUACCAGUUAAGGACUACCAAAUCUCCCCGGCUACUACUCUUGGCGACCACUUUGCCAGCAUCAUGUUUAGAGCAAAUAUCACAUUUUCAGCACAAGAUCAUCCAAAUGAAAGCUGUUCGAUAAUAAUCAAAACCUUACCAGUCGUUGACGGAAUUAAGAAAGAAAUCUUGGGUAACACUGAAAUAGACUUUUUUGGCACCGAAAUUUUCAUGUACUCAGAAGUUUUGAAUGAAUGUGCAAAAAUCUUAAAGAAUGCAGGCUACCAUGAAUUGCUGGCUGCAAAAAUGAUUUACCAAUCAACAGAACCACAUAAGGUUAUAGCUUUUGAAGACCUAAAGAAGCUCGAAUACUUCAUGUUUCCAAGAUUGAUUCCAAACGAAAAUGACACCGCGAUAAUUUUCUCCAAGCUUGCCCAAUAUCAUGCGGCCACGUUCAAGCUAGCAACGGAGGGUCACAAAGGUUUCAACCGAAAAGGAGGUAUUUUCAAUAUUGGUGACUUUAAUGUUAUGACAUUUUUUCGAGACGGAUUUGGAUACUUUAAAGAACUGGUGGAUACCUUGCCUGGUUUUGAAGAAGCCUCGGAAAAGCUCAGCAAAAUAUCUUUCGAAAAAAUCGUGGAAAAAUGCAAGCAGUCUGUCAAUGCCCCUGGCUCUUACAAUGUCCUCAAUCAUGGCGACUACCACAUCAAAAACAUGAUGUUCAAGGGCAAAAAUGAAGUAGAUGUUUCAGAAGUCGUCCUGGUUGAUUUUCAAAUAUGCCACUGGGGAUCACCAGCCUUCGACCUCGUCUACAUGUCGGCCAUUAUACCACCUGGGAUGCGCGCAAAAGCUUAUAGAGUUUAUUUCGAUACGUUCAUUGAUGUUCUGAAGAAAUCUGACUGCAAGGAACCUUUACCUGUAUUUGAGCAACUACUACAAGAUUUGAAAUCUUACCGACAGUUGGAUUUAUUUUUCCUUUCUACUUUCACAGCAAUGUUUUGUGGAGAUCCGAAGCAAAUGACAGAACAAAUGGAGACCUUGUUUGAGGAUUCAAGCCCGAUGAAAAUACUCUACAGACAAGAUAACUAUUUGUCGUAUGUGAACGAGUUACUACCAGUCCUGUUACAGGAAGGCGUUCUUGAUGACCUUGUAAAUUCUGAUUAAAUGUUUUUUCGUCAAUUUCAACAAUGAAGUUUU